AUAUGCAGCCAGGCAAACGGAGAGCGUAAACAGUAUGCGCCACUCAAAGAGCGACAGCGCGAGAGAGAGAGAGAGUGAGAGAGUGAGCGAGUGAGCGGGAGCUAGCGGACGAGACUGAUCAUGCAGCUCCAACACCAGCAACAACAACAAACGCGUAGGCGCAGAUGAGCACAGCGUAGAACAAAACCAAAGAGAAAACAACAACACACACGCCCAUUUUGAACGCCAACGCCAACGCGAUCUGUUUGUGUGCGUGCGUGUGUGUGCACGUUCGCUUGCCAGCGUAUUGGUGGGCCCGGCGAGCCGGCAACGUUGCCGCUGCGACGCCAACGGGCAGUCGUGCCUCAGCACUCCAAAGCGACAGACGUGUGUGUAGCAGCCAGCAGUAAGCAGCCAGCAGUGCAGUCAAAACCAAACUCACACCGACAACAAACUACAAGAAUUCAAAAGCCCAACUCAAGCCAAUUCCAAUCAGUCGUUAAGAGAGCCAAAGAGAGACAGAGCUAGCGAGCAAUCCAGAGAGUGCGAGAGCGACAGCGAGAGCGAGAGCAUUCGAUUCCGAGUUAAUCAAUGAACAUGUAUCCAGCCCAGAUGCUGCGCCUGCGCAGCGCCGCGAAUGUCUUUGGCGCCGCAGCUGGACGCAGAAUCACAACCAAUCGGCGGCAGCGCAACACGGCGAGCGUCGAACGCGCCCAGAGCAUCAACGAACGGGACAAGUUUCUGCACUACAAUGCCGAGGACGGCUACUACAAGACCUCGCCCUAUGACCCCAUCAAGGUGCCCAAUGUGCCGUUGCACGAGUACGUUUGGCGCGACUUCAAGAAGUGGGAGAACUCCACAGCAGCGGUUUGCGUGAUUACGGAUCGUCAAUAUACCUAUGCGCAGCUGCGCGAUGCGAGCGCCGCCUUUGCGGUUCGUCUGCAGACCAAGUUCAAGCUCUUCAAGCCCGACGUUCUGGCCAUUUGUCUGCCAAACAUGCCAGAGUAUCCGAUUGCAGCUCUGGGCGCCAUCGAGGCUGGACUCGCGGUGACCACCAUCAAUCCCAUUUAUACGCCAGAUGAAAUCGCGCGCCAGCUUAAGUUCAGCGAUGCCAAGUUCCUGGUGGGCAGUGCCCAGGGCUAUGAGACGCUGCGCGAGGCGUGCCAGUUGAGCGGCAAGCAGCUGCCGAUUGCGGUGGUGCGCAGCACGGCGGGUGAGGCGCUGCCGGCGGGUGCCAUUGAUUUCUUCGAGGUGAUGAGCACGGAGAAUGUGCGCUACGAUGAGCUGCGCAUUGCAAAGGAUGCCAGUCCCGAGGACAUGGUCUUUCUGCCCUUCUCCUCGGGCACCACCGGCCUGCCGAAGGGCGUGGUGCUCUCCCACAAUAACAUCAGCAGCAACUGCGAGCAGGUGCAGGACGCGCUGCCCAUUGACUCGCUGCAGUUCCAGGACACGCUGCCCGCCGUGCUGCCAUUCUUUCACAUUUACGGGCUCACCGUCGUCAUGCUCUCCAAGCUGGGCCAGGGCUCCCGACUGGCCACCAUGCCCGCCUUCAAGCCCGACGACUUCAUCAAGGCCCUGGACACGUACAAGGGCAGCAUUCUGAACCUGGUGCCGCCCAUUGCGUUGUUCAUGAUAAAUCAUCCCAAGCUGACGAAGGAAACCGCCGACGCGCUGCGCGUCGUCAUGUCCGGCGCUGCGCCUAUUGGCCAGCACGAUGUCGAGCGGUUCAUGCAGAAAUUCCCAAAGACGCGCUUCAUGCAAGGCUACGGCAUGACGGAGGCCUCGCCCGUUGUCCUGAUGACGCCCAUGGGCAAUACGCGUUAUGCCUCGACGGGCGUAUUGCCCGGCAGCACGGAGGCGAAGAUUGUGCCGCUGGAUGGGUCCGACUCGAAGGGCGUGGGAGCGCGCACCACCGGCGAGCUGUGCGUGCGCGGGCCACAGGUGAUGUCCGGCUAUUUGAACAAUCAGGAGGCUAACGACGUGACCUUCUAUCCGGGCAAAUGGCUGCGCACGGGCGAUGUGGCGUUCUACGAUGAGGACGGCUACUUUUAUAUAACCGAUCGCAUGAAGGAGCUGAUCAAGGUGAAGGGCUUCCAGGUGCCGCCCGCCGAGCUGGAGGCGGUGCUGCGCGAUCAUCCCAAGAUCCUGGAGGCAGCUGUCUUUGGCAUUCCGCACGAGCUGAACGGCGAGGCGCCGCGCGCCAUUGUUGUCCUGCGCGAGAACGAGACGGCGAACGCCGAAGAGAUUGCCGCCCAUGUGGCGGCCCGUGUGGCCCACUACAAGAAGCUCGAGGGCGGCGUCAUCUUUGUCGACGAGGUGCCCAAGAAUCCGACGGGCAAAAUACUGCGCAAGGAUCUCAAAGAAAAGUAUUCGGACUGAGCCAGAGACAAAGUUGUUGCAGAUUAGUUUUUUUUUCCUUUGUUAUAAAUGUUUUUUUUUUUUUUUUUUUUAAAUUUUGACUAGUGCUUGGGAUCUACGUAGAUCCGAUAAUUUGGAACCCGACAAUGUUGGCAAUUGCCGGCAGUCUAGCGGGCCUUGUGAGCAUUGCAUUUAGACGAGUGGCCCCCAGGGUGGCUGCGACAAUAGCGAGUAGCGAGUAGCGAGUAGCAAGUAGCGAGUAACGAGUAGCGAGUAAUAGUCACCGGAUUGGUCCAUAGCUUGUAAGUGUCAUAGGGCUAUCAAAAGACCUAACUUAGGUUCUUCUGCACAGCGUCUCAGGUUUGUGUGUGCCUAAAUUGCAACAGAAUAUAUUGUUAAACUCGUUCGAAACACUGGACCUGCAUAAACUAUAUAUAUACAUGCAAAUUAAAUCAGUCCCCAUCAGAGCGGACUUAAUCGUAAGCUAAAGAAGUAUAAUAAAUAUAUAUAUACUA